AUGCCUUCACUCUCCCUCGCGAUCGUUCUAGCAGUUACGCUGCGCGUCCUGGAUUGGCGGGUGGAGGGGGCAAUCGUCCCUGUUCGCCUGACCAGAGGCCAAGGCAUAUCAUCCAGCCAGGUCACAACUCACGGAUCGUGUCGCUUCGUGACUUUGACGGCGGAGAGGGACGAUCGCGACUUCUGGUUCGCCCGCUUCUCCAUCGGAGCAUCACGGAACCUCUCCAUUUUGAUUGACACUGGGUCGACCGAUCUCCUGCUCAACCCAGACGUCUAUCGGCCAAGCAAGUCCGCCAUUGCGCUCUCGCGGCCAUUCUCCAUGCGAUACGGGACGGUCAACUCCGAUGGGUCCGGGGAAGAAACGGUAAGGCGCGACAUUUGCAGCAGGGAGGGCGUGUCUGAUCAUGGAAGAACUCAGGUGAAUGGGACGGUCUUCCAGGAUACCGUGUCCCUGGACAACACCGACUUCUCUGUUCCUUUGCAAUCGCUGGGGGUCACCACGAGCAUCUCGCCCGGGCCGAGGCCGCCGUUCCCGCAUGAUGGGCUGAUGGGCUUCUUCAUCCCUGGGAGUGCAUUCGGCGAGGAGGUACCCAACUGGUUCUCCAGCCUGUGUCGCCAACCGAGCAUCCUCGACGAGUGCCGCUUCGGACUGGCACUGGAACCCAGCACGGAGUCGGCCUUUCUCUACCUAGGCGGCGUUGAGCAAUCGCGCUAUGCCGGGGCGUUGAGCACAGCCGCCAUGCACGAGCGAUAUGUCUUCGGGGAUGUCGCGGUUGGGGGAAGGAUCAUUCAUCGCGAUGCGGCCAUCAUGGUCGAUAGUGGCACCACUGUCAGCUGGGGGCCCAUCGAGUCGGUCCAACAGCUCUUCGAUGCCGCCGGCAUUCGAUCUAUCCGGCGUCACAACAGCACAACGCUCACGACCACCCUCGACGGCGUGUAUCCGUGUGAUACACCACCACGGCUUGGCUUUGGAUUUCCCUCAGUGUCCAACGCCUUGGAGGCUCGUAGCAGUCGAUUGAGUGUCGUCAGUCACGCGAGCAAGGUGUUUGACAUGUUGCCCGCCGCUUUAGCCGAACACUCGGAUGAUCAAGGAAACUGUACCGCCUCGAUUCAUGGGAUUGACCAAGAGGGAGACUCUUGGAUAUUGGGACAAGGUUAG